AUGGCAUGCCAUCCCGCACAUCUCAUCGAGCCAGUGAUUGGCCCCGAGAGCGGCCAGCGUGCGCCCUUCUUCUCGCCCUCCACGUUCCGCGCCGCAUAUCUCUCCCCCCACUUCCCCUCCCUCUCCCCCCACCCUUCCCCCCCCCAGGGCCGCGCGGCGCUGAGCGGGUUCACGCGGCUGUCCAAGGGGCUGGCGGCGGUGCUGCUGAUGGGCUACGUCGUGUCGCUGCUGCCCUCCGCGCACACCGCCUUCGCGCUGCUGCCCGGCAGGCAAGUGCCGCCCGCACAGGCAAGUGCCGCCCGCACAGGCAAGUGCCGCCCGCACAGGCAAGCUGCACGGCCGACCAUCCCCUUCGCGUGGAAUCUCGUCACAGCGGGCCUCUUCGAGCGCCAUCUCUUCACGCUAGUGCUGGACGUGGUGGCUUUGCUGUUCCUGGGGCGGGUGCUGGAGCCGGUGUGGGGGUCGCGCGAGUUCCUGCGCUUCGUGCUGAUCGUGAGCACGCUGACCACCGUGUGCACCUUCAUCGCCAUGGUCACCGCCUACUACUUCACCUUCCAGGGCUACUUCCUGUACGAGCCGAUCUCAGGGUUCCACGGGGUGGUGGCGGGGCUGCUGGUGGGCGUCAAGCAGCUCAUGCCCGAACAGGACAUCACCGUCGCCUACGUCCUCAAGUUCCGCGCCAAGUGGCUGCCAUCCCUCUUCGUGCUGCUGACGGUGGUGCUGUGUUUCUGCAUCGGCCACUACCGCCAGCUGCUGCCCUUCAUCCUAUUCGGCACGUACACCAGCUGGGCGUAUCUGCGUUUCUUCCAGCCCAAGGGCGACAGCGGCCUCAAGGGCGACCCCACCGACGACUUUGCCUUUGAGACCUUCUUCCCAGAGGCGCUCAGACCGGUGGUGGGCACUGUAGCAACCAUUCUCGGGCGGCUGCUGUGCGGGCGGCGGGUGGAUCGGGCUGCGGUGGUGGAUGAGGACGAGCUGCUGGCGGCCGGCAAGCCGCUGCCCGGCUCCGACCCCGCUGAGGCCUCCCGGCGCAGGUGGGGUCAGGGGCAGGUGGGGUCAGGGGCAGGUGCGGUCAGGGGCAGGUGCGGUCAGGGGCAGGUGGGGUCAGGGGCAGGUGGGCUUUCCUCUGUCUCACUGCUCGUUCUCUUCUCUACCUCACCCUCCGUUCCUACCACGUACUUAGAGAAAAGGUUGAGUGAAGACCGAUGUCGGGCUUUGUGGCUGCUGAAGCCUCUUGCAGCGCAUACACCUUCUCUCAUGUUCGGCUGGCGCUUUGUGCAUGCUCCAGAUGAGCUGCCGGUGUUUGUUGGAGACUCUGCCUCAAUCCUCACUCCUACUUCCAUCUUUGUCCGCUGGUCCCCCCCUCCUGUCACGCACAGGGAGAGGGGAGCAAGGGCGCUGGAGGAGAGACUGGCCAAGGCAGCAGAGGCGGCAGCUGCAGGGGCUGCGGGUGCCGGGGGCUCUGCUGCUAGCGGCGCCGCUGCUGCUGCUGCCCCCUCUGCUCUUACAACGGGUGCUUCCCUCGGGCCGACUGAGCGCAGUGCCUCCAGUGGCAACCUGGCGGACAAGGUGUGA